AUUCUGGGAGACAGAUGAUUGACACGGCCGCCAUUUUGGCUCCAGCUCUGCCUGCUUCCAUUGUGUGAGAGAUAGUAAAUAUCUGACACUGCCAGACAACCACAACUCAACUUGUGAAGCAACAAACCGCUAAAUUCACCCUCGGUGAUACUUCGUCGUAAUGGCUCGUACCAAGCAGACCGCUCGUAAAUCCACCGGAGGAAAGGCUCCUCGUAAGCAGCUGGCCACCAAGGCUGCUCGCAAGAGUGCGCCCUCUACUGGUGGCGUCAAGAAGCCCCAUCGUUACAGGCCCGGCACUGUGGCUUUGAGAGAGAUCCGUCGGUACCAGAAGUCCACUGAGCUGCUGAUCCGUAAGCUGCCCUUCCAGCGCCUGGUGAGGGAGAUCGCUCAGGACUUCAAGACUGACCUGCGUUUCCAGAGCGCCGCCAUCGGAGCCCUUCAGGAGGCCAGUGAGGCGUACCUGGUGGGUCUGUUUGAGGACACCAACCUGUGUGCCAUCCAUGCCAAGCGUGUCACCAUCAUGCCCAAAGACAUCCAGCUGGCACGCCGCAUCCGCGGAGAGCGCGCUUAGACGGCCUCCCUAAUGUUUCUGUCCUGUUUUUCUUCCUGCUUCCCAGUAGACUUUAGAGUAAUCUUGAUCGUGAAGAGAUAGAAAUAUGUUGAAGUCUGGUCUUUCAUAGGUUUUUUGUCUUUACCAAAUGUUUUUAGGGUACCUUUUUUCGUGCAUGUAAAAGGUUUAGCAGAUCAGACUCACAUGUGCACACACUUAAAACAUGCGUCACUGAGUUUGGGAAACCCCCCCCCCUUCUUGAGCACCCCUGGAUCCCUCCAGGGUGGGAGGAUAGCGGCCGUGAUUAGUGUGGCAAACGGAGCUGAAGCAGAAGGACGUGGCCGAGGGGCUAGUCUGCUUAAGGGGAGCUGCAACUUCCACAGCAGGGUGCUAUUAAAGCUAGUCCUGAGGCCUCGGCCCGUCUGAACAUCAUCCUCUCCCCUCCCGCCCAGUCCGUCCCUCUACACCCCGACUCAGCCAGGCGGCUCGCCGUACCUCUUCACCUCUGUAAUGUGCACUGGGAGGGGACGGCGGUCUGUUGGUCUGUCUGUGUGGACGUGUGAGGUCUGAUCUUUCUAACCACUCGUACUCAACAAACAAGAAUCUUUUUGGUUGCUUAAGAAUAUUGAUUAUCGUUGUGGAUAUGGUGUCUAUUUUUUUUACGCAUAUAAUUCAUAGAUGAGCAUCUCUUCUCUUUACCACUUCCAAAAUCAUCAAAUUAAAAGAUAAAAAAAGCAAUUAAUUAUCAACAUGGUUAUCAGUUGUUUUUUGCAGUGAUCUGAUUAGCUAUAGAAAAUCAGGAAGGGCUUCUCUGUUUCUACUGGCAGCCACACGGGGGCGAUGGUUCACCAUCUCCUCCUCUGUAGAUCAGUCAUCACACAUUAUGCUUCUCUCUCUCUCUCUAUCUUCAUCUCCACAGAUAGGCUGUAGACUAAGUUUCACUCUGCAUGUUUAGGGUCUGUGUGUCUCUGUAGAUCUGAACAUAUAAUCUGUCCCUUUCUCAAAUUUGUGAUACACAAUAUAACCUCAUAUUUGUUUUCUUUUAUAUUUUUCUUAUUCCUCAAGAUUUUCAGACAUAUAAAUAAACUGAUCUUUGUAUUUUCCAAAUUUCUCAUAUUAUGGUGGUAAUAAAUAGGUGUUAAAACAAA